GCCAGGUUCUCGACCAUGCAUGCUACUCGAUCUUACACAUGACAUACGUAGCAUGCCCUCCUCUCCCCUCCUCUUUUCGCCACCACUAAUCUUUAGCCAAUGGAUUGAUGUACUGACUGUGCAGCUGCAUGCAUUUCCGUAUGAUAUAUCCACGGUGUCCUGAUGUAUAUAUACAUACACCCAUUGAGAUCACUUGUCACUCAUACUAGAUUUCACGCAUGGUAGCUGCGGACUGCGGUUGCCCUCUUGAAUCAAGAUAUCAUAAAGAUCAAACAGCUAGCUAGCCAGAUCGAGGCACUGCCUUCUCCAAGUACACUCCAAUGCCAAUUCGACUGCAUAUCUUUGUAAACUCUACAAGGCAUGUCAUCAGUUCAUCGGUGUUCGUAUGCCGGUUCAUCGCCUUCCAUCUCAGCCAGUUUUUGCUUCACUUGUCCUAUUUUCUCGCCAUUGAUCUGCUCGGCUUCCUUGCCUUGGUGCUGCUCAAGCCAAGAAACCCCGGGUACCGACCGCGGUACGUCGACAUGUUCUUCAUGUCGACGUCUGCGGUUACGGUCACCGGAUUAGCCACCAUCAAGAUGGAGGACCUCUCCAGCUCUCAGAUAGUGGUCCUGACCCUCCUCAUGCUCUUGGGCAGCGAGAUGUUCCUCUCCUUGCUCGGCCUUGUUCUUGAGUCGCGCAAGCCAAAAACGCAUGAUCAAGAUGGUAACAGGGUAAGAUCGAUCACCGUUUGCGACGAGUCGAAUCUCGAAGAGGCGAAUGCAGCAGUUGCUCCAUCCACAGAUUUGAAUGAUCAGAGGAAGAGCUGCCUCAGAUGCUUAGGGCUAGUGGUUCUGGCCUACAUGGCCAUGAUCCUUGUCCUUGGCUCUCUGCUGGUGUUCUUGUACGUUGCCCAUGAUCCAAGUGCAAGAGAUGUACUGAAAAGGAAGAGCAUCGACAUCGCGCUCUUCUCGGUGUCGGUCACCGUGUCGUCCUUCACCAACGGAGGGCUUCUGCCGACGAACGAGAGCAUGGCGGUGUUCGCCGCGAACCGGGGCCUCCUGCUGCUGCUCACCGGCCAGAUCCUCGCCGGCAGCACCCUCUUCCCGGUGUUCCUCAGGCUGGUGAUAUGUGCCAUGAGAGGACUAGCAAGAGCGUUCACCAGACGUGGAUCCGAAGAGCUUGAGUUCACGGUGAAGAACGCCAUGGCGGCAGGCUUCACCCACCUGCUUCCUGGCUUGCAGACGGCGUUCCUCGCGGCCACGGUCGUCGUCGUCGCAGCCGCGGCGGCGACGUUCCUCUGCUGCCUGAACUGGGACUCCGCGGUGUUGGGGGGGCUCACCGCGGGCCAGAAGAUCACAAACGCACUGUUCAUGGCGGUGAACGUGCGGCAGGCGGGGGAGAACUCCGUCGACUGCUCGCUCGUCGCACCCGCGGUGCUUGUGCUGUUCAUCGCCAUGAUGUGCAUCCCGGCCUCGGCGACAUUUUUCUCAGUACACGACGACGGCGGUGGUGGCGAACGAAGCGGCGCAGAACGCAAGGGUGGAACAAAGAAGAGAAGAUUGUCACUGAACAGCAUGUUGUGGUCACCGCUGGCCUGCAACGCUGCCGUGACGAUGCUCGUCUGCGUCACCGAGAGGCGAUCGCUCUCCAGCGACCCUCUCAACUUCUCCACCUUCAACAUGAUCUUCGAGGUGAUUAGUGCUUAUGGGAACGUGGGGCUGUCUACUGGUUACAGCUGCUCGAGGCUGCUGCGACCGGAGGAGGCGAGCGUCUGCCAUGACCAGCCGUACAGCUUCUCCGGAUGGUGGAGCGACCAGGGGAAGCUUGUCCUCGUUCUCGUGAUGCUCUGCGGGAGGCUUAAAGGGUUCCGCAGGCAGCAACUUAGGAGCGGAUCAAAGCCAACGCCAUGAAGAAUUUCAGAGUGGUCCGGGAAUCAGACUUGAAACUCCAACCGCAAGGCAGUCGCAUGUCCCAGCUACAUAUAUAUGCGCGCAAAAAUUCCUGAAUAAUUCGUGGACGCCAGGAAUGGCGCGAUGCGGCAUUUCAGAGCGCAAUGCUAUGGGCGGAGAGAGAAUUAGAAAAAUGUUCUUACAUUCAGUGUAAUUUCUCAGAUCAAAUUUGGAUUAAGUUUUUCUCAACAAAAUUUUGGAUUAAGCUGUGCAUGCAGA